GCUCAGAGUGAGCUCAGUCAGCGUAGCGUGAAUGGCUGAGAGAGAAAAAGAAGCGUAGUGUGGUGCUAUUUUUUCCCACCCACGACCAAAGGUAAUGCCAUGUGCUCCGUCUACAAUAAAGUGGUGCCACAUAGCAGCAAACACUAGCAACGCACAUUGACACUUUUAAAGAGGCUGAACAUCGCCAUGAAGACAACCGGCAAGCCUUAAGGUCCCCUGCACCACCUGCUGUCCGUCAGGAGACAUUGCAGGAGAGUUUCAUGAAAGGCCAAGAAUAUCCAGGAACUACACAUCCCACCCGCGCUAAAUCUGAGAUCCCGGAUGUCUAUUGUACCGGAAGAGAAGGUGGUCCUUUUCCCAGCCAUCUUGUGGCUUCACCUAGCGAAGUUCUCGCAUCGAGCCUUGUAGAAUCGGAGGGAAAUCCUGCUCAAGGGGCGCCAUCAUGCCCGGACAAAUGCAAGAAGGUUUUGGCUGUGCCAUAACCAAUCGAUUCGACCAGUUAUUUGAUGACGAGUCGGAUCCGUUUGAACUGUUAAAGCAGGCCGAAGUAAAGAAGAAGAAGGAGGCUCCGGUUUCUGGUGCCGCCAAGACUGCAGCCCAGGCUGCCAAGCAGCUGAAGAAGGAGUCCCAGAAAGACAGAAAGGCCCCCUUGGCUGAUAAGAAGGAGGAAACCCAGGCACCCAUCCCACUUAAGAAAGAAGGUGCUGGCAUGAGGAGAAUGGGCCGCAAGCCAGAGGGCGAUGGCUCCAGGCCACAGGGCGAUGGCUCCAGGCCACAGGGCAGCCAAGGAGAGGGUCGCCCCCUCACAGACAGACGGCCUGUGGACAGGCGGCCCCCUCGCCGCUUUGAGAGGCUUGCUAGUGACUCUGGCGAGAAGCCUGAUGGUGGUGAAUUCUCAGUGGAGAAGCCCAUUGGUGACAAGCCCAUGAGAGGACGUGGAGGUGGAGGUGGCCGAGGAGGCCGUGGAGGCAGAGGACGGGGCAUGGGUCGCAGUGACGGGUUUGACUCCAGAGGAAAGCGUGAAUUUGAUAGGCACAGUGGCAGUGACCGAUCUAGUCUGAAAGGUGAGGAGAAGCGUGGUGGAAGUGGAUCUCACAACUGGGGCACAGUCAAGGAUGAACUCAAUGAACUUGACCAGUCAAAUGUCACUGAAGAGAACCCAGAAGGAGAGGAGCAUCCACCUGCUGAUUCUGAGAACAAGGAGAAUGAGGUGGAGGAUGUGAAGGAUGAAGGCCCCAAGGAGAUGACUUUGGAUGAAUGGAAGGCCAUGCAGGACAAGGAACGGGCCAAGGUGGAGUUCAACAUCCGCAAGGCCAAUGAGGGAACUGGAGGGGACUGGAGCAAAGGAUUUGUGCUGCACAAGUCCAAGGCAGAUGAUAAGAAAGAUGAUCUCAUUGAGCCUGAGGCGGAGGAGCCUAAGGCAGAGGAUGAUCACCACUUCCGGAAGCCAGCCAAUGACAUUACGUCCCAGCUGGAGAUCAACUUCGGAGACCUGGGCCGUCCAGGCCGUGGACGUGGUGGACCACGCGGUGGUCGGGGCAGUCGUGGCCGUGGGGAACCCACUAGAACGGUCCGUGGGGCAAGACCAGAUAAGUUAUCUGCAUCUGUGCCCAACGUGGACGACCCAGAGGCCUUCCCGGCUCUGGCCUAAGGCCCGGCUGCUGUCCCUCAGGCCUGCAGGAGCCUUCUGAGCACCUCCACUAUGAGGCUUGCAUGUUCCUGGAUUCUUCAGCAAAGUGAAAUGAUGGAGAAGACUGUCAUUAUCUAUGACACCAAUGUGAGGACUGAGUUUUACCCAACAAAAACAAAGAUGGAAAAAAAAAAUUAACAAAAAAGGGACUUCUUGCUACUCUGGAGCAGCUUAUUGGUAGAGGUUUUGUACUUGGAAACAAAGUAGCAGGGAUGUUUUCAUACAGUAUUUUUUUCAGAGGUUAUGCAUUGUCCAUUGAUACAUUUUUGUAAUUGCUGCUUGAAAAUCUGCAUUUUGAAAUGUAAGCCUAAGACUCUAGCUUGGUGUGUGCCAUUGCUUGUUUGCUUUAAAAUAGGCACAGUGGAACUGCAGCCCCGGCUCAGAAGCUCUGCCACACCAAGUAUUUGUGAUGAAGUUACAGCUUCACUCAUUGAGAUUUAUGGAUUUUUUUCAUUAGCACUGGUGUAUUCUUUUAUAUUUUAUACAGGAGGUCUAUUCUUCUAUGAUCUUCAACCUGUAAAUCUCAGCUAUUUUCAUAAUUAUUUCAGAGACUGUAUUUCACAAGGUGCAAAUAGGACAGGCGCUGGUCAUGGAUCAGGUGAUACUGCCCACAUUUGAAUGCACUGGUGAAAUGGUGCCUAAAUCUGUAUUAAGGUUCUUUUGUACUGAAAUGUUCUAAAGGAGCAACAUUAGGUCCUUUUGGAGGAACAGAAAGGUGAUGACACCUAAAUUAACAUUUGUUCCUGAGACAUUUCUCAAGUGGAUUAAUUUGGGGUCUCUUCCUUUCUUCCCAGUUUAUCUGAUUACUCACCACAUGCAAGUCAAUUAAUGCCUUGUCUUUAACCUCAGAGGGAUACAGAAAGGAAGUGCCUCUAAAUGUUUGAGAUGUGGCUGUACUUGUUAUCAGACCUUGGCCCAAGCAUCCUUCCACAAAUGUGGCAAAGCCCAGCCUGUUUGUUUUUCGCACGUCUGUUGUGAGCUGAUAUUUCCCUCCACUGUUGACUUGCCGUGUAGCUUCCACAGUGGCACCACUGCAUAAUUGCUCUGAAAGAAAUAGUCGUUCAUUGUGUGGAACAACUGAAGUGCUCUACAAAUGUGUGAAUUCUAGCCCUGCUAUUAGAGACCUCUGUCGGUAAAUAAAGAUGGUCGACACA